AUGGCAGUCACUUUGGGUCUGAAAUAUAGAUUCAAAAAAAAAAAAAUUAAGUUCCCAUGGAAGAAGACUAGGGUUUGGUUGGGUACAUUCGACACACCCGAAGAAGCUGCACUCGCUUACGACGGUGCCACUCGUUCGCUCCGUGGAGCCAAAGCUAAGACGAACUUUUCGCCAACAAUUCCAGCCACCAUAGGCUGCGGCGGUGGGCUUCCUCUCCCUCUCAAUCUCAACCUUCCCUCCUCCAACAAACUCGCACUCGGCGAGUUUUUAUACACUGGUGUUCUCAAAGACAUCAACUGUGUCGCCACCAAAUCUGACCCGUCUUCUUCGUAUCAAGUUAAGCGAGAACCUCAAGCUUCCGCCUCUGCUGUUACUGUCGCUUCCGCCGGACCCACACAUCAUGUCCCUGAGAGCUCCGCCAUGGCGUCGUUUCUGGGUCUCGUGCGGCGUGGUUUGCCUGUCAAUCUCAACGAGCCGCCUCCUUUGUGGCUUUGA